AUGUACUACAAGUUUAGCGGCUUCACGCAGAAUUUGGUGGGGGCAUGGGCUUCCCAUGCCUAUAGCCCGCAGGGAUUAAAGCCUGUGGUUUCCACAGAAGCACCGCCUAUCAUAUUUGCCACACCAACUAAGCUGACUUCCGAUUACCCUCCAUAUGACUAUGCUGGGAAAAACAAAGUUCCGGAGCUACAGAAGUUUUUCCAGAAAUCUGAUGGUGUGCCCAUCCACCUGAAACGAGGCCUGCCUGACCAAAUGCUUUACCGGACCACCAUGGCACUGACGGUGGGAGGGACCAUCUACUGCCUCAUCGCCCUCUACAUGGCUUCCCAGCCCAGAAAUAAAUGA